GAAUUGUCAGAAGUCAGCACACACACAAGGAAAGUCGUUGUCAGUGUCGCUUGGAGAGUUGCGUCAAAUUUCAUGGGCGAAUGAUUGAGGUACGGAACGGAUAGGAGAGAAACCGGAGGAAAAAGUGGAAGAGUACGCAGUGUGUAUACAUACAACCGUUUCGUCGUGUGGAUCAUCAGCAAAAGACGACGACGACGACGAGAAUGAGCGAACUCGUUUGGGGGAUAAAGAACGGCGAUCUCGAGCAAGUGCGAGAUAUCGUCGAAAACAAGAAUAUUGAUGUAAAUCAAAUGAUUGAUGGAAGAAUGCCACUACAUUAUGCAGCAGAUUAUGGUCAAAGUGAAGUCGUUAGAUAUUUGUUGGAGAAAGGAGCAAAUGCCAAUGCCACAGAUAAGCAUGGAAUCACAACAUUACUGGCAGCAAUUUGGGAAGGACAUACAAACUGUGUAAAACUGUUGCUGGAGAAAGGCGCUAAACCGGAUGGUUUAACACCAGACGGCACAAGUUAUCUGGACGCGGCUGAGAAAGACGAGAUUAAACAACUCUUGAAACUUCACUAGCAUAAAGCUAAACAACACGCGAAAUAUUAAUUUUGUUAUUUUAAUACGUUAAUGUUCCUCCUUAUAGAGAGAGAGACUAUUCCACCACAGCUUUGUUUUGAUUUCUCGCCUAUGAUGACUAGGAUAUCAUAUUUAAACACUCUAAAUUAAAUGAACAUAGGUCUGUGGGAUUCCUUAUACUCUGAAACAAAGUGCUAAACUGUCCUUUGAGAUACUUGUACGUUGAGUUGACUUUUGAACGAGAUAUGUGAAAAUUGCGACAAAAAAGAAUUAAUACAUUUGCAAUGCUAACAACGUGUAACGUAUCUAAUGGAUGCUAAGGAUGUACAAUAAUCAAAAGUAACAAGCAAAUACAUCAUUGUUAUAUGAAACACAA